AUGUUUGACAGAAACAAACGAGAUAAACACAGAGGGAGAGAACUUGAAAGAGUUUCUAUGCAUUACUUUUUGAACUGCCCCACAGAACAACUUGAACUUUUGCCAGCUGACAUGUUAUACUCCGCAUUAUCCGAAUUCAACUUUGUGGCAGUGGCAUCCCACUUUAUCAGUGCACAAAUCAAAGCUGCCAAUGGUAACUUACAAUCAACAGACACUUCAUAUGUCAUUCUCAAAUUCAGCUGUGACAUUUUCUUCGAAUAUUUGUUUCACAUUGAACUUUUCAAUGAUGGCGAGUUCACUUGUUUGACAAAUACAGACUUGAUCCCCACGGUCAUCACUUAUUUGCUUGACAAUGAGAAUUUCAACAAUUACGAUUUGGAUUCCGAUGAUUUUGAAAAUGAAGAUAAACUUAUUGCUUACGAAGAGUUUAAGCUUUUGCUAUUGAUCAACGAACAAUACAUGAUGAGAUCAUACACUUCCAACGUCAACAAUCGCGUAUUUGACGGACUAAUGAGGGGAAAACUGGAACAGCCAAACUUGACUAAUAUCACCGGGUUCAUCAACUUGCUAAUCUACCACUUGAAUAGAGAGGAGUCAAACAUUAUCAAGAUAUUAAUAUUAAAGUUUCUCUAUCUUGUAUUCACCACAUCAUACGUUACAAAGAUGGUCUACCUUAACGAUCUCAAAAUCUUGAUUGACAUUUUCAUCCGAGAAUUAAACAAUAUGGACAAUUCAAAAGAAAAUCGAA